ACCCUUGGGUGAGCGAAUGGACGACGUCGGAUUAGAUCAGAUUUUUGGAUCGCGGAGAAUGCGUCCGUCGGAGGUCGGACAACCAAGAUGCUUCGAUCCCUCGAUUGAAAUCCUCGUCUGAUCUUCUCUUCGCCGGUUUCAAAACAAACCCUUGCAGAUCUCUCCCUGCUCGCGUCCUUCUCUUUAGAAUGCCACAGAUCGCGUUCGAUUGAACGAGAAGUCUGCUUCCUUGACGCGGAGUCUUAGAUUUUGGGGGUGUGGACUGCUGAUUAGGGUUUGGGCGGAGGAGAUCGAUGGCGGUCAGGGAGGAAGAAUCGGAGUACGAGAGCGAUCCCGAGGACGCGCCGUUGCCAAGGAUGCGUCGGAGGGAGGCAAGCGACGACGAGGAAGGGGAAGGAUACGAUGGGCGGGGGAAAUCUGCCGCGGGAGACCGGGUUGGAUCCGACGGCGAGUCGGAUGGUCAAGGUGGCGCCGAGGUUUAUGAUGAUGAAGAGGAGUACUACGACGGCGAGGAGGAAGAACCGGCGGGCGAAGUAGAGGAAUUCGUUGCUGUAGAAGGAAUGAUGGAAGGAAAAGGAGCGAAUAUGGGGGCUGUUCCAGUGGGCGAAGGCCCUAGGGACUUGGGAAAGUCGCCGGUUCCUGAUGGCGAUGGGCAGGCGUUUCUUGGGACUUCAGAAGAAAAUGAAGACAAAGAACCUGUUGAAGAGGAGGCGAAGGAGAAUGAACCUUAUGCUGUGCCGACUGCUGGGGCUUUCUACAUGCACGAUGAUCGGUUCCAGGACAAUGGCAGGGGUCGCCGAAGGCGUAUGUUUGGUGUCCAAAAGUUGUGGGAUUCUAAAGAUGAACGUGCUUGGGUACAUGAUAGAUUUGAAGAAAUGAAUCUGCAGGAUGCACAAAAUCAUGAGGAACAGCGGAAGUCUAGAGGUCGUUUUAGAGGUCGAGGUGGUGGCAAAAAGCGCGGCUCUGAACAUGGGUAUAUUAGAGGAAACAGUUUCAAUACAUACCGUGAUGAUGUUGAGAAUGAAACUCGUGGCCCUAAGACUGUUAGAGGGAGAGGACCUAGGCGCUAUGAACUUAUUUCAAGGAACAAAAGAGACUUUCCUGCAAUUCAAAGCAAACACUCACCUGUAAAACCUCAAGAUUCUGUGUCAAAUUAUACUUCUGGACGACAAUCUUCUCAAGCAGCACCUGUUCAAUCAGACCCUCUUCUGAAGAAGAGCACAUUUGCCUCGAGCCUUAAUUAUGCAUCUCCCCCUUUUUACCCCUCUGGGUCCUCUAGUCAAGACAUGGCAGCCUUGAGUCAGAAAAACAACCAACAAAGUGGAAGGACCAAUAAAGCCAUGCCAUACACUGCACUCAUAAGAGAAAAUUCUAUUGCAUCCCAAAGAAACUCUUUGCUGAAAAGGAAUAUACCCACUGACGUGGUUGGGCGUGAUAAGUUGUUUGUUGAUGAUUCCUUUCAGCCAACAGCUGGGAAAACUAUGGCUACCUCCAGUCUCCAGCUGUUAGAAUCUUCAUUAUCAUCAAAAGAAAUUAUCCAGAAUGCAAGUUCUAGGGUUCAGGGUAGGGAAUCAAGUAUUGUUACUCCUCCAAAUAGACAUUCUGAAUCAUCUAUUAGCCAACCUGGAAGAGUUGCUACUCAAACUAAGCCCACAGAACACAGACCACUUCAGUUUCCUGCACAACCUGCAAUGCAAAUUUCUAAUCAACAGUUGGUUCAUCUUCGUAGCAUUGGGAAUCAAGCAUCAUCACCUCCUGAUUCUGCAUCUCUUACUUCAUCUGACAAUGUUCAGUCUGAUUCACAUCCAGCUGUAAAUAAGCCAGAAGAUGCACCUGUUGGAAAAGCAAGGAUCAAUAAUCAAAGGAUAGGAAAGGGACCCUUUCUGUAUGGUGGAGCUCAGGUAAUUGGAGCAACUGGAGCUGUGGGACUUGCUAAUGGUGACCAUAACUUCCCUGGAACUCCAGCACUUUUACCAGUUAUGCAACUUGGUGGCCCCAAUCCUGGUGGUAUGGGGCUUCCUGCUAUGGGUAUGGCUCUUCCAGGAUAUGUAGCUCAGCCUCAGCUUGGUUUUGGCAACUCAGAAAUGACUUGGGUUCCAGUAUUGGCAGGUGCUGCUGGGGCUUUAGGAGCACCUUAUUGCCCACCUUACAUAUCUCUUGAUGGUAACUACUUUGCUCGUCCUUCAGGACAGCCAUCUUCAUCAUCUUCUUCUAGAGAAACUGGUACAAGCACACCUGUUAGCCCCUUGAAACCUUCCCAGAGACCUGAGGUGAAUGAGGACUCAGGGCAACGCCAAAACAAGCCCCGUAGGUACUCGGAGAUGAAUUUUGGCCAAUGAUGUGCAUGUAUGGUUAAAUAUGCUCUACUAACAGCCUAAGCUGUUUUACAAUGCCCUCUGUGGUCUUUGCUUUGGCAUCUAAGCUGACCUGGAGCACAUUGGGCUGUUUAGUCUCCCUACAUACCCUAGCUGUUUAACACCUGCUCUUGCUGUAAUCUUGUGAGAUCACCAUUUUGCAGCAUGACUGGUGGUGUGGCCAAUGAUACUAUAACAGCAGUUGGAGAGUGGUUAAACCUUCUCUAAUCAUAAGAUAUUUCGAGUGAGGUACUUUUUAGAGAUAUGAAGAAUCUUCAAGAGUUGUCAAUAGUGAUGUCUCGACUUUGCGAUGAGUUGUUGGUUUGUGAAACAAGAACCAAUUGGUGUUUGAAUUUGUAUCCUAUGUUUCUGCGUUAAUUUGACUGGAGUUAAUUAUAUCAUGACUCUGUUGCUCGUGUUAUAAACCUUGCUUCUUUUCUCAGUUAAUCUCAACAUCAAUGUUAGAGUGGCCUGUGUU